UUCAAACAUUGGAAUAAUUGAAUUGGCCGUUUCGAGAUUCGGACUUGAUUAUUGUCCAAGCAAUGACACGUAAAUUGUAAGGGACCCGAGCGCGUGGCAGGAGAAAACUUCAGGUCUUUUACUUCGCAUACGCCGCCCAGGAAUCUCAGAUGGGUUGCGGAGGGUCCAAGACGUCCGCCACAACUCCUCGCAGGGCACCUACAAGCAAGUCACAGAAGAGCGGGGGUGGGGGAGGGGGAGGUAACCAGACUGGCCAGACUCCACGAAAGAAGAGCCAAGCGCCCGUGGAUGAAAAGGGAUACAAGAAACGCAUACGCGAGAAUCUACGAGAGGCGACCGCCGGUGGCGAAAUUGAGCCGCUUGAGAAAUGCAUGGAGAUCUUCGUGAACAACCACCUCGAGGACGGCGGCGACUUUAGUGACGCUCAGCGCCGGAUGGAGUUCCUGCUAAUCAGAAAAGAAAUCCGGGACGCCUGCAUGCGGCGUCACCCGGUGGUCCUGGAGAAGGCGAUACAGCGCGUGGAGGCCUCGCCGUACAAGCGGCAGCUGAAGCCUUACCUUGAUCGAGCCUACUACCUGAAACAGCACCAGAACGAGCUCGACACAUUCCGCCACGACAUAAGCGAUCUUGAGCAGGCCACCGUAUCAGAGAUUCGCAGCUAUAACCACCCGCCCCCAGGCGUGCACCAGACAAUGGUGGCGGUGUACAUGAUACUGGGGUACCCUGAGGAUCAUUUGCUGGACUGGACGGAAAUCACGGCGUUGAUGGGCCGCUACGGCGCCAACAGCCUGCUACGGGAGGUGGCGGCGGCGGAUACGAAAAAGAUCGAUAACGUCACGGGCUUGCGCGCCCGGAACUAUCUCGGACAGUACACACUGGACGAGGUGCGAGCCGGAAGUAAUGGCGCCGCCGCCUUCUAUGUAUGGGCAUCACGCAUGGUUGGCAAGUACGAAGGCGGCAAACAGAAGGGUGUGGACUCGUCUCCUAAGAAACUGACCAACUCCGGGGCUAAAGGUCAGCCACCUGGGAAGCCCGCUGGUCAGCCCGCCACCCCAAUCACAAACACCAAACCCGCUGGCCCCGUAAAUGAUACAAAGAACGCCAAACAACAACAGAACACGAAGCAACAACAGCAAACAAAUGCUAAGCAACCGAGCGCAAAGGAUACCAAUAACACAAAGGCCAACAAACAAGAGCCACCUAAAGCCAACCCCACUAAUACCGGGGCCAAAGGUCAGCCGGCUGUGAAACCCGGUGGUCAGCAAACCGUCCCCAGCACAAAAAACAAGCCCGCCGACCCCGGAAAUGAUGCGAAGAACGCCAAACAACAACAAAACACGAAGCAACAACAGCAAACAAAUAAUGCUAAGCAAACGAGUGCAAAAGAUGCCAAUGACGCAAAGGCCACCAAACAAGAACCACCUAAAGCCAAUAAACAAGAACCACCCAAAGCCAACAAACAACAACCCCAAACAACAGACAAUACCAAAACUGUCUCAAAACAAGCUAACGGAACAUCUCAAGUGACACCCGUUAAGAAGUCCACAAAGGUCAAGGGAUAGUUGACAUUUAUUCAGCUUCCGAAACCCCAUGGUACGCUUUUCAUGAGAUUAAAUAAACAUGUAAUUUGUUUGAUUUUAGAUAAGUUAUUUAUUUAAUCAAUAUACUGUCAAAUACAACCAUUAUAUUUAAGGUUCGGACGUGUCAUCGACAGUUAUUUAUUUAUUUUUACUUCAUAGGCAAUUCAUGAAGCUAUAUUUUCUUGGAAAUAAACGGUUCAUUAGCAUAGCCGCCGAAAAGGUCGGUAGCCCAUGUUGUAUUUUCAGGGCCACUCACAAAUGCUAUAAAGGUAAUUUAUAAGACUCAUGUUGCUAAGAGUCAUUUAACACUAAUAUACACAUCAUAUUAUAAAAAAGCCCCCCCCCCCCUCCCCACACCCACAGUACCAAACAAUGACUUCAAAACACAAGAUGUUAAAAGACAUUCAUACAAACGAACGUUUCUCAAUUAUACAUCAAUAACGCAUUUAAACUGACGUUGUUUAAAUUGCAUCAAAUUCAAUUCGACGAUAUUCGGCUUAAAUCGUUGAUAUGCUGCAUUUUGAAAUACACACUCUACUUUUAAGAUUACAAAAAAAGUAGUUUCGAACGGUAAUGUUUCCCUUUCCGGUCGCUUGCAAGCGCUUUUUUCAAGACUGCAUAGGUAAGGAGAUGUUUUGAUUUAAAAUUAAUGCGUCAUCAUUAGAAUGACUCCAUUCUGUGUCAUGAUAUCGUGUAGUAUUUCAUAUAUGUAUGCUAAUUGAUAUUCUAUAAAUGUGAUAACUGUAUGCAUUAUGUAUGUAUUAAUGUUUUUUUUCUUCAGUUUAUUUAGUAAUGUUCACGAUAAAAUGAGCCUCGCUCUGUGAAAAUGGGGUUUAAUGCAUGUGCGUAAAGUGUCGUCCUAGAUUAGCCUGUGCUGUCCUCACAGGCUAAUCAGGGACGACACUUUCCUCCUUAUCUAGUUUUU